GAUUAUCGGAGAGAGAGAGAGAGUGAUUGUUGAAGAAGACGGAGUAAAGUUUGAUAAAGUGUUUUUAUUUGGGGCGGAGACGCAGAGCAGAGGGUCGCGUCUUUUAGUUAUAAAUCCGGCAGGAGUUGUUUAUAAAAACCUCUUGGUGUAGAAUAGUUCCUUUCUAGUCACCUGGAACUGAUGGAUGGUCUGGAAUGGAGCAAGCUGAUCUGAAUCUGGUUGAUAAUCAUGUCUAUGACUCUGAAUUUUCUCGGAGGAGCACCUUUUCAACUGCUCUACGAUGGGGUUAAGUUGGCCAUGAACAAUACUAGUAAGUUUAAAACCCACCUCAGGAGUCUGAAAUUCACUCUGGAUUGUUUGCAGCCACAGAUCAUAGAACAGAUUAGAUUGCAGAACCUACAGCUGAAUAUCCCCGUCCAAGAAAUACAAGAGCUUCAGAGGAAAAUUGAUGAAGGCAUAGUGCUCGUUGGCCGGUUAUCGAGCAUCAACACUAGUAACAUCCGCGUCUGGGGAAGUUGCUGCAACUGCUUGAUGGUUAGCUACGCAGACCAGCUUGAUGAGUUGGAUGAGUCUCUCAGACGUCUGCUGGAAAUACUGAGGUUGCAGUCGUUAGCUCAAGUCAACCAGAUCGGGAUUUUGGCAAGGACAGCCAGGGAUAGACAAGAUGAAUUGGGGAGAAGACAGCUGGAGAUUCUUAGCAACCAGCGACAUAUUAUGGAUACAUUGAUGAAGCAGCAGCAAAUAAUAGAGAGGAUUGAAAAGAAUAGUGUUGCAGCGUCAACCGGAAAAGGAGCUCCUCCUGUUCAGGUGUUGCGCCUUGGAGCAGUAUUUCAGGCACUGUUUGAUGCUGUUGUACAAGUAAAAGGCAAAAAUUCCAAGUUCAAACGACUCCUGGAAGAUUUCAAGUUCACACUGGAUUGCUUGAAACCACUGGUACAAGAGAUAGUAGAAUGUAACAAGGUAUUGCAUUUUCCAAAAGAGGAAAUCUUGGAGGAUUUCAUAGUAUACUUGGAGAAAGGUGUAGAGCUCGUUUACAAAUGUUCCAAGAGUUCUCUGUGGAACAGGUUCAAAAGGUACGAGUACAUCAACAGUCUUUUUGAACUAGAUGAAUCUCUUCAGAGGCUGUUCAAUAUACUGAGAUUGCAGAUAGAAACUGAUGUGAAGGAGGCCUUGGUUUCUGUAAGCAAGUUAGAAAAGGAGAUCGAGGAAAUUGAAGGUAGUUUUGUGCUACAGCAUCAUCAAUAUGAAAGUGCUGCAGCUGAACCUCAAUUGCCAAAAGUUGAAGUGGAUGUAAUGAACAUGCAAGUCACAAGGGAUGUGAUGGAGUCUAUGGAUUCAACGGGGAAUGUAGAGGUGGGAGAUGAAAGUCACAUGCGAACUGAAGGGAGUAGUCUGGCAUCCCAUCAAAUUGAUGUUGCUGUAGAGGAGGAGGAGGAGCAUGAGGAGGAGAGGGAGCCUCUAUCACCUACAAUAUUAGCUGGGAUCACAGAAUUAUUUGAUUCGGCACUGGCAAGAAGUAACAUGGAGGUGGGAGACGAGCAAACCGUUGGGCAAGGGGAAGAGGAUAAAGAAAUAUGGCAACUCACGUGUAAAGAAGCAGAUAAGGAAACCACAACACCUACAGUUCCUCUUUUGGCUGCUCACAAAAGGCAAGCGUCUGUAGAAACUGUUGUGAAAAAUUAUGAAGAACACUAUGCUGCUAUGCACAUUCAAGUAGCUUUUAGGAGAUACUUGGACCGCAAAAGCCUGCGGAGACCUACAGUUCCUCUUUUGGCUGCUCACAAAAGGCGAGCGUCUGUAGAAACUGUUGUGAAAAAUUAUGAAGAACACUAUGCUGCUACGUGCAUUCAAGUAGCUUUUAGGAGAUACUUGGACCGCAAAAGCCUGCGGAGACCUACAGUUCCUUUUUUGGCUGCUCACAAAAGGCGAGCGUCUGUAGAAACUGUUGUGAAAAAUUAUGAAGAACACUAUGCUGCUACGCGCAUUCAAGUAGCUUUUAGGAGAUACUUGGACCGCAAAAGCCUGAGGAGACUAGUAGUUCUGCAAAAUGCUAUCCAAACCAAAUCCCAGUACACAGCCCUAUUCAGCUCUUAUGAGGCAGCCUGUAAGCUCGAUUCGGGUUUACAUUCGUUUGAUUUAUCUCUCCAACAGCGCACUAGCCGAGUCUUCAACUCACUUUCCACUAGAGCUAAAGUGAGGUCCUUAUCAUUAAACUCACUCAAAGAGGUCUCUGAUUGGUUGCUUGAGACAAACCAGGAAGUGGUCAAGGUAAUUCUGGAAUGCAAAAAGGAUAUAUGGAACAAUCAAGAGAUUUUCUCUCUAGUGGAGGAGUAUUUUGAGAACAGUUUCCAUACAUUGGAAUUUUGUACUGCCCUAGAGACAUGUCUCAAGCGUGUAGUGAACAAUCAGCUCAUUAUUCAGGCUGCGGUGAGUCGGUUUGAGGAAGAAGUGGAAGCUGGUCUUGAAGGGAAGGGGUGUGUGAAGAUAUUGCAGGAGUUGAGAGCAUUUAAGGCAGCCGGGGAUCCUUUCAGGGAGGAAUUUUUAUCACUAUUUCGGGCAGUUUUAAACGGACAUGCAUCUAUGUUGCAGAUAUUGCAAGUCCGAAAGAAAAGGCUGGAUAAGAAGUUAAAAUCAGUGAAAGCUUGGCGGAAAGUGUCAAAUGUUCUUAUUGUUGCCACUUUUGUGUCUGUAUUGAUAUUUUCAGUGGUGGCGGCUGCCAUUACUGCACCACCACUUGUAACCUCCUUGGCACGUGCACUGGCUGUUUCCGUAGGUUCUUCGGAAAAAUGGUGUAAAAUUCUUUGGAGCUACUACCACACUCUGAAUGCGCAGAGAAUCGAAAUAAACUCAAUGCAGCUUGGAACUAUGGACUGUAUGUUUACAAUGACGGACUUGAACAACAUCAGGGUGCUUGUUGAGAAAUGUGAAAGUGAGAUUGAGGCACUGCUGCAGACUGCUGACUUUGGUAUUACAGAAGAGAAUGCUGUUAAGAUAGUAAUGAUUGAGAUCAACAAAAAGCUGGAAAUGUUUAUGGAAACUGUCAAAAGUUUAAGCCAAAAUGCUGAUGAGUGUGGCCGGAAUAUAAGGAGGGCAAGGACAGUGAUUUUGCAAAGAAUAAUUAGUCAUCCCAUAAAAUGAACAGCCAUUUGUUCUGUUUCAUGCUUCUUUAUAUAGGUAGAGAUGGAGAUUGUUCCUCUUCAGUCAGAUACAUUGUGGCUAUAUGCUCCCAAGGAAGAUGACAAAUAUGCACUGGCUCAGUAUAAGGGAAGAUGUACUGCUUCAGUUGACAGGCUGAGAAAAUCACACUGCCUUAAAUAAAUGUGAUUAAGUUCUCAAUUAUUGUUAAAUGAUUUGAGAACUUGAAAACAUGAAUGGACCUGUUUGAGUACUCUUUUACAAACAUCUUGAGAUACUGAUAAUAGUUUGUCUAGAGUGCAUCUUUUAAUAAUUAAUAGUGAAUAGAUCAUGAAUACAUUAUGGGAUGAUUAUGGAAUAGAAGAGUCUUUGGAAGUUUCAAAAUUC